CGGCGCAGUCGCAGAGCGGCGGAGACCUGUCGCUCAACCUGCGCACCGGGCCGCGCACCACCAGCGCGCCAUCCUCGCCCGCCAAGACGCGCGAAUCGCUACUGCAGCGCGUCCAGAGCCUCACCGGCGUCGCCAGGGACCAGGGCGCCAGCAUACUAGGCGCGGCGGUGUCAGGCGCUGGCGCAGUGUCCGGGGCCAGGCCGGCCUACAACAAGGACCGCUGCUUCACGCUGCUCGUCAUCGAUGACCAGAACACUGACUGGUCCAAGUACUUCCGCGGCCGACGGCUGCACGGCGACUACGACAUCCGCGUGGAGCAGGCGGAGUUCCGCGAGCUGUCGCUGGUGGCUGGCGGCGAGCAGGGCGCCGCCACGGUCAGCAUGGCGGUCUUCCGCAACGGCACGCGCGUCGCGCGCUCCUUCCGGCCCGACUUCGCCCUCGUGCGCCAGAACCUGCGCGACGCCGCCGAGGACCACAAGAACCUGCUGCUCGGUCUCAAGUUCGGCGGCGUGCCCUCAGUCAACUCGCUGCACGCCGUCUACAACUUCCAGGACAAGCCGUGGGUGUUCGCACAUCUGAUGCAGCUGCAGCGCCGCCUGGGAAAGGAGAACUUCCCGCUGAUCGAGCAGACCUUCUACCCCAACUACAAGGAGAUGCUGAGCUCGACGCGCUUCCCGGUGGUCUUCAAGAUCGGCCACGCCCACGGCGGCCUGGGCAAGGUCAAGGUGGACACCAACAGCGACUUCCAGGACAUGGCGAGCGUGGUGGCCGUCGCGGGUACUUACUGCACCGUCGAGCCCUACGUAGACUCCAAGUACGACAUCCACGUGCAGAAGAUCGGGCCCAACUACAAGGCCUUCAUGCGCAAGAGCAUAUCCGGCAACUGGAAGACGAACACGGGCUCGGCGAUGCUGGAGCAGAUCCAGAUGACAGACCGGUACCGCAUGUGGGUGGACGAGGUGUCUGAGCUGUUCGGCGGGCUGGACAUCUGCGCGCUGGAGAUCAUUGUGGCCAAGGACGGCCGCGAGUUCAUCAUCGAGGUGAACGACAGCGCGCUGUCACUGAUGGGCGACUCGCAGGAGGAAGACCGCCGCCACAUUGCCGAGCUAGUCGCACACCGCAUGCAGCAACUUUGUACCACUUUACCAACUCGUAACACACCACAGACACAGUGCAGACCCCCAAUGACAAAGACAACUUCGCGGUCAUCAGUAACAAGUAUAUCAGGGCAGCCUGGACAGGGAACAACCACAGGAAGCACAAUUCCUUCUCCAACUGGUGAUGAGCGACCUGUAUUUCCUGGAGAGGCAGGAUCACCACUACCACCAGUUCGCCGUGAUUCUCAAGCGUCGCAGUCGAGUUCUGUGAGCAGUGCACCGAGUGUUGGACGACGACAGGAAGACACCUCUAGAUCUGUCUUUGGGCGUCAGGGUUCCACACAGAAUGGUGAGGAUACUGAAGACACAAUGAAAAACUUGAGGAAAACAUUUGCAGGAAUAUUUGGUGACAUGUAGACAUAGCUUCUAUAAUUUAUGUAGAAUAGAGAAUGGAUGUGCAGUUGCAAGGUUGCUAAUGACAUGAAAUGAAAAGUAUGGUUUGGUGGCAGUAUUACAAAUAAAUUUAUGUAAUGUUCUCAUUUUGACAUUUUGGUUGAAUUGAUUAUGAUCCAAUAACAUUGUUUUCCAUGAGUAUAGUGACAAUGAAAUUUCACAAUACAUGAGAAAAAUGGUAUUUAUUUGAAUUCAUUACUGAAAUUAUUUAUGAUUUGAUUAAUCUCUGCACAUACUAAGAGGUGUACUCAGCAACUUGUAUGAUUUUUUUAUGCAUUAAAUAUGAUGUUUAUGAUUUUUUUGUACGAAAUAUGAUGUUUGUCUAGAAGGAUAAAUAAUUUCAGAUUAUACUGAAAUAAUUUUAGAGUGCUCCUAGUAACUCCAUUUGACCAACCCAAGAGAGUGGGUGCAGUACCACUAACAGAAAAAAUACCAGUUCAAGAUCUAACACAAAUUUACUGAAGUCAGCAUGUCUCUCCUUUUUCCUAUUUUUUUCCUAUUUGGAAUCUACUUAUAGUCAGCCUAUACAUAGUCAGAAAAACCAUACAUUUAUUACCAAUGUGUUUGCACAGUGAUGUGAACAAGCACAGCUAGUAAUCGUUGUUCAAAGACUUGCUGGCUUAUGCCACCUGCUCACAGUUGUUAAAUGCAUAUUAAAUUUCAUUCAAUGAGUCAUCGAAUACAAGAACAUUUUAUAAUAGUUUUACAGAAUAAUUCAUGUUGAAAAUUUUUUAAAAAGUCUAAAUAAUGUGUUGUUUUAAAAAAUGAAGAAAGUUGUACAACUUUUGAAAUGCCCUAAUGGUAGCUACACUAAUUUGUAAAAAAGCUUAAAUACAUAAAUAUUUUAACAGAUAUGUUGGCUUAGUUAUGAAGGUAUUCAUUUAAAGAUAAUUUAUUUUGAAAUAUGGCAUCGUUUUAGGUACUAUGUUCUUCUCAAGUAGGUAGAGUAUGCUCCUAGUUAAUCUUUUGAUACUGAUAGGAGAUCGUUGAUGAACAAUAUCUUUUAUUAUUUUUAAGAAGACAUUUGCUGUGUGAAGUAGUGCAGAAAUGACUAGUGUAUCUGUUCAGUAGGCAGUUGCAAUAAGUAGAAAUGUGUCAAGGUUAUAAAUAAUUGCCAUGAGUGUACUUGUGUUGUUGUGCAAACCAUGUUGUGAUAAAUGAUAAUAUUAUAAUAGUUAGUAUAGUGAUCAAAUGGAUAUGUGGUGUGUGAUUCACAAAAAUAUUGGUUUGGGUGAAUUGUUAUUUUUAUCGUUGUACUGUUAAAAUUCCAAAUAUGUGUAAGUGUACUUAUAAUGCAUCUAUUUUGUUGCAUAUGAUGUUACAAUGGAUGAAAUGUGUUUCAUUAUUGCAUGGGUGUUUCUGUAAACAUUGAUACUGUUAUAAAAAAACUUGAAAUGUAGUUAGAAAGCAAGAUUAUAGCAAUACAUAUACUACAUGUUAUAAAUGCACAUGCUGAAAAUACUGUGUGUAUAUAAUGCUUUACAAUUUGUGGAUUAAACCAGGUGUUCUCAGAAAGGUUAGUGCCCACUACUUCUUUUGAGCUCUAGAAUACAAUGUAGUAAAUUUUCAUCAGAUUCCUGUUGAACACAAUGGAAAUAUUGUUAACAUGUAAAAUUACUGUAAACAAUUAUACAGGAACACAAUAACCAUACUACAGUGUUCAGUUAAUAUCACUUUAAUACAAUUAUCCAAAAGAUUUUCAGUGAAAUAACAAUAACAAUCUGCCUUACAUUUAAUCAUUAAUAUAUCAUAAUAAACAAAAAUAAAAAUUUAUCGAAUAAAUGAGUAAGUAAAGUAUUUGCUAAUGGUUUUUAAAAAUAAUGCAGAUGCAGCUGUGUAUCAUAAUUCUUUGGAUUUGCGAACAUUGUGUAGCAUAAAUGGCUUUGUUAAAAAUGAAAAUAGGUUUCUAUUAAAUACUAAUAAGCAUACUGAAGACAUUGUUGUACGGUGAAAUAAUGAAGGUACAUUGUACAGUGGAUUUACGUCGUUAUAUUAUUAUUUGUAGUGAGUCAUAAUUAAGGCUUAAAAAUCACAAUUCCUAAUAUAUGGGUUCAUGCUGUCUUAUUUUAAUACAAACAGCAACAGGGAUUUUGUUUGUAUCUAGCUGUUGUUUUUAAAUAUGUUAGAAAAAACAUUUAAUUUUUUGUUGAAUCAAGCUGGACCUAAUACUUAAAAUAUAGUAUUGGGUAAUUUUAAAUAUAUUGUGUAAAUAACACUGAAAGACUCAAAGUUCUGAGACAUAUAACUGAAAGUUUGUUUAAUGGAUUUGUUGUUGUUCUCAUAUUAUAUACAGUUUAUUUAUUACAUACUGAAUUAAAAUUGUACUACUUUGAAUUUUAGAGAGAAAUGAGAUACUAUGUAAUUUCACUUUUAAUUACUAUUUUCUGAAACUUAUAAAAAAAUCUAUCACAUUUAUGAUUUCCCUCAAAUACCUAUUUAUUGUCAGUUACACAUGUUCAUAAAAUUUGUUUAUUUUGAACUCAUCAGGUGACACAUAUAAAUGGUCCAGUAUUUAAUCACUACACGUAUUUGUUUUCCUUACAAAAAAGAUGUCUUAUAGCUCCUGAGUAUAAAAAUUUAAGCAUGAAUUCUGCCAUUCAUCUCAAUGUAACAAAUAUAAGAAUUAACUCUGUGU